AGCUUAAAGAUUAGGGUCAGGUAUUUAAAAAAAGGGUAGAUCGGGAAACCAGAGCCACAUCGUUAUUAAAUUCACGCCUAAUUGAAAUAAACACAUCAAUCACAUUCAUAAUUCAAAACAAAGGCGUAUCCUUGUGAGAGUUAUGAAGUUAAAGAGCAUCAUCCACAGCUUAAAAUACGAGUUCACACUCAGUCAAUAAACUGAAAUUAAGGCAUUGAGGUGAAGGCGAUUACAGGUUCAGCACAUUGCAAUGCCUGGAGAGCAGCUAGCGUGCGUUUUGCAGAUUGCACAAACAAAAUGUGGAGGAUCUUCGUUACAAAAGUCAACCAUAUUAAAGGCUUUCUCCAUUGUGAAAGCCUACAAUUGUUUCUACUACACUAAAAAAGAAAUUUCCUCAGAGUUGAGCGAUAUUGUAACAUUUUCUGAACUGAAAGACUUCAUAAUUUCUAAACGCGACAAGAGGAGUUCGAAAAAAGAAAUACAAGACAGACUUGAGAUUGUAUGCUGGCGUAUAUGUAAAGGAAGCUAUUCGAGACGACUGUUCACCGAAUCUGAUGUGUUCAAACUAUGGCAAAUUUUCAACAGACUCACCGAUGAAGAAUCCUACCCUCCUGUGAUAUCACAGCAAGAUGCUGAAUGGGCAAUGAAGAAAUUUUCUGCGUAUGUAAAUAGUAAGGAGCUUCCACGUGGAGGCGAUCUAACAUUUCAGAAUUUUCUCAGUUAUCUUGAGAAUAUUUUCAAUGCCAAAUCAAUCAGUCAACCAUUAAAGGAAAUUCAUGAAUGGCUGGUGAAAGAAGUCAUAAAAAGCGGGUGGGUUUAUAUGAGAAGCAAACGGAGAUUCAAUUGGUCGUUAUGGUCAAGAAAAUGGGUCACCUUGACCCCUGGCAAACUACAGUUUUCUAGAAAAAAUAUCUCUGAAGAUGCAGUCAUGAACACAAAAGGCGUGUUUUACAUCUCUGAAGAAACAGGUAUUCAUGUAGCUAAAGCCGAGAGAAAAAUGAUGAAACCUGUGAUACACCUAUCAAAUAGUGAAGGCUUUGAAUGCCACAUUGCAACUGAAGAGGAAAAGGAAAUGAAUUUGUGGAUAUCUGCUCUUAAUGAUGCACUCAAACAUUAUAAAAAUGACACAAGUCCUCUUUACACAAUUUUGAAAGCUCAUGGCCCUAAACACUCGGAGUCGAUAAAUGCCAAUCGCUCGAGAGAACGUGAAAAGUCUUUCAUUCUCUCCACAACCAAACGAAAUGAACGUAAGAAAGAGAAGGAACGAGAGAAAAACGAGUCACAGACAAACGUCAAUAAAGGAAACUUACUUCGAUUGAACUCUGUGAAUAGCGAAAGAGAAAAAAUCAAAGCUGUUUUCCUGGAGCUUGAUGAAAAUGGAAACGGAUACUUAGAUGAAAGUGAAUUUUCUUCGGCACUGAAAGAAUUUGGAUUGGACCUGAGUAAAUCAGAAAGCAGAGAAAUCUUUAGAAAUAUAGAUAUAAAUGGUGACGGAAAUAUUAUGUUUGAUGAAUUUUAUGACUAUUUUCUGGAAAAUAUUCUAAGUCAGGAAAAUUCUGUUCUACUGAAAGCCUUCGCAAAUGCUGAUAAAGAUGGCAGUGGAACAAUCAAUUUCAAAGAAUUUUCAGAGUUUUUGCAAGACCGACAUCUUUCGAUAAGCCUCGACCAAAUUUUAUCAACUUUUGAUAAAGCUUGUAAAGACGAACUCUCGUUACAAGAUAUCCAGUGUAUGUCAUUUCUCGACGAAAUUGGCGUAUUUCAAGAUUCAAAUGAAACGCUUGAAGCUCAAUUGAAGUCGCGAUUUGAAUCAUUCGAUCCCCAAGUUCUUAGAGAUAGAAUUGAAAAACGUUGGCAAAAAUUUGAGUCCUUCAAAAGGCAGGGAGAAAACGGGCAUGAUGUGAUGACAGGUGGCAGUGGAAUCGUGGAAGACAUCGUGCCUGGGGAAUAUAAACUAGAAGAUCUCGCUUUCUUCAGGGACUUGCCCAAAUUGUUACCAAAGAUGACCAUUGUAAAGGGAGUGUCGUGGGAAUCAAGCAAUAUUCCUGACACAUCCGGAAACCUAAUUUUUCCGCAUGACUUUAGUGGUAAUAUAGAAGCAGAUAUUGCCACUACUGAACUUUUGGGAUACUAUGGGUGUACUUUUGCUGAUUGCAAAUUAGAAAAGGUUUUCAUUCCAUAUCGCCAUGCUGUGCAAGACUUUACUUACAAAAAUGAUUACCUAGCUGAUUAUGUCGAGAAAAAGAAUGGAGGAGCCGGAUUGGAAAGACACGGGUUCUCGCAUAUUGACUGCCCGCUGGACGAUGAUUCUGGAUUCUUCAUAUUAGGGAAAAUAGACAGAGACGAACUUCACUUGACAGCCUUUAAAAUUCCCAGACGACAGACCCUGUACAUUCCAGGGAACUCCAUUCACUCUAAUGAUUACCUGAAGGGAACCUGGAGAACGAUGUUGUCGGACGAGACCAACAUAGACCACGUCAAUCUCAAAAGGAAAUCCAUUGAAGAUGAGGAGUCCUUGGCGUCCUUUACACUUGAGUUUUCAUUGUAAGAGAUUUCUAGCAGUAGUCACAUAAACUGGAUAAAUUGUCAUUGGUUUUACAUGCAUGUAAAAUAAGAGACUGUGGUACCUUAUGCAAUGAAUAUAGUUGUUAAGAAAGAGGGACCUAAUUCUUAUAUUUUUACGGCUAUAAAAUAGGCUUUCGAAUGGAUAAUGCUUAAAUUUCUCAUAUAAUGUUUUAUUGCAGUUUGAAUACUAGUCAACAGU